ACUGUCAGACUCAGCUUGCCUGGCCUCUCAUCCAUUUAGACGAGCUAGCUAGUUCACUUUCAUUCAAAAUGGCAUCAGCUGAGGAAAUAUCUAACGCUGUGUCCGAUGCGGUCCAGGAGGUCAAUAUAAAUUAUGACCAUGUGGAAGAAGAACUAAAUAUGGACCUGGAAGAGUCUCUGAGCGGCGGGUAUCUGUUUUACAGGGACAGGAAAGAUUGGGCAGAUCUGGAGCCUGUUCCUCAGGAUGAUGGGCCCAACCCUGUGGUAAAAAUCGCAUAUUCGGACAGAUUCACAGAUGUGUUUGAUUACUUCAGAGCCUUGCUGAAGAAUGAUGAGAAGAGCGAGAGGGCGUUCGCGCUCACCGCUGAGGCCAUUGACCUUAAUGCCGCAAAUUAUACAGUAUGGCACUACAGGAGAGUACUGCUGCAGGCUUUGGAGAAGGAUCUGCGAAAGGAGAUGAAAUAUAUCACUGCGAUUAUUGAAGACCAACCCAAGAACUAUCAAGUCUGGCAUCACAGGCGCAUGGUGGUUGAGUGGCUUAAUGAUCCAUCUGAAGAGCUGCAGUUCACAUCUGAGAUCCUCGUUCAGGAUGCCAAGAACUACCACGCGUGGCAGCACAGACAGUGGGUCAUUCAGGAAUAUAAAAUGUGGGACGGGGAGCUGGAAUAUGUGGAGGAGCUGCUGGAGGAGGAUGUGAGGAAUAACUCGGCGUGGAACCAGCGUCAUUUUGUCAUCAGUCAUACCACCACUUACUCUCCUGCAGAAGUGCUAGAGCGAGAAGUGCAGUACACCAUAAAACAAAUCAAGAAAGCACCUCACAACGAAAGUGCAUGGAACUAUCUGAAAGGGAUUCUGCAGGCGACAGGACUGUCGGCGCAUCCUGGGGUGCUGCAGCAAGUUCAGGAACUGCAGGAGACAUGCUGCUCACCACAUCUGCUUGGCUUCCUAGUGGAUUUCUACGAGGACGCACUCGAAACCAACAACAGUAACAACAAGAUCGACACACUCAGCAAGACCUUAAAGAUCUGUGAGCUGCUUGCCCAGGAGAAGGAUACUGUCCGGCGGGAAUACUGGCGCUACGUGGCCCGCUCGCUUCAGAGCAAGUACGGUUCAGAAGACAUCCAGUCUACCUCCACCGAGGAGCAGGAGAUCCCCAGCAAUAACUGAGAGAGAAAAAGAAAGCGAGCGAACCACAGAUCUGUGUAACUGGUUCGAGGGAGUAAUAAGACUCUUACUUAAAAGCUUACAAUACUCUCGUUGAACUGUGUGUUUCUGUAUUUUAGUUUUACCAUAUUGGUAAAACCCAUUAUGUAGUUGUUGCAAGUCAAGUAUAGGAAGAAUAUGAAAGCUUUGUGUAGUCAUGUGACGAGACUCGAAGGCUACAGUGAGUCAGUCAUAGUUUGCUAGCAAGUUGACAAGAAGUUUGGAAUUCAGACUCUGAAUAGGGAAAAGAAAUUUAGCAUGAAUAAUAAAGGACUACACAAAUAUAUGCCCAAACUGCAAAAUGUAUACAAAACACUUGCCAAAAUAUUCCCUAGCAAACUCUGUAAAGUUCCUGUUCCUGUGUGUAUGAUUGUUUUUGUAUGCUUACAAUAAAACAGAAAGGUUAACACAAUGUUUGUUCUUGAUGUAUAGAGAUUGCAGGUAUGCUCUCCUGUGGGUAAAUCUUAGAAAGUUGCAAGAUGAGGGGAAGACUUCUCAUCAGGCUAUGUGGUGAUCACUCUGAAGAAUACUCAUUCUGUCAAUACUUUUGCUUUGAAGAGAGCAGACCCAGUCUCUUCUUCUCUGCAUAUUUUAAAGUCGGUGACUUAAAGGCUAAAUUGGUGCAGAGAAACUAAUUUGAUUUAGAACAGAUGCGCAUUUCCCUGUGUGAAAGGGGGUUUUGCCACUACUGCUGAGCAGAUCCCUUCUAAAUGAAUUCAACCAGCAUUCAUUCAUGGUUUUAUUUUUGUCUUUUUGGUACCCCUGAGUCUGCAAUAUAUUUGAUUUAGUCCAAUUUUCCCACAUUAUGUCUUCACGAAGGCCUGCAGCUAAUAAAUUCCUAAAGUUGCUCUGA